GUCCUUUCCCAGGAUCUGCAACUCAGAAGUCAGCGACGAGCAAAUGGGAACGAAGUUUGCGACGUUUUUACAGACGCAAAGACAAAUCUAACCCCGAUCUGCAGGCUACAAAACUCUUUGUAAGUUUUGCGAGUUUGUAUAUUGCGCAGCUGAUCGGUAUAUAGUUUUGGAGAUGUCUAUAAACUCACUGGAGUCGGUGAAGAGGAAGAUCCAGUCCCUGCAGCAGCAGGCGGAUGAUGCCGAGGACAGAGCUCAGGAUCUACAGAGAGAACUGGACAAUGAACGAGGUCUGCGAGAGAAAGCAGAAGGUGAGGUGGCAUCGUUGAACCGCAGGAUCCAGUUGGUGGAGGAUGAACUGGACCGGGCUCAGGAGAGACUGGCCACCGCUCUCCAGAAACUAGAGGAGGCUGAGAAAGUGGCUGAUGAGAGUGAAAGAGGCAUAAAGGUGAUUGAGAAUCGUGCGAUGAAAGAUGAGGAAAAGAUGGAGAUUCAGGAAAUGCAGCUGAAAGAAGCCAAACACAUCGCAGAGGAGGCCGAUCGGAAAUACGAGGAGGUCGCUCGAAAGCUGGUCAUUUUGGAGGGCGAAUUAGAAAGGGCAGAAGAGAGAGCAGAGAUUGCUGAACUUAAAGGUGCAGAGCUGGAAGAAGAAUUAAAAAAUGUAACCAACAAUCUCAAGUCUUUAGAAGCCCAAUCAGACAAGUACUCGGAUAAGGAGGACAAAUUUGAAGAAGAGAUCAAAGUUCUCGGUGAUAAACUGAAAGAGGUUGAAACUCGUGCUGAGUUUGCAGAAAGGACGGUGGCCAAACUGGAAAAGACCAUCGAUGACCUGGAGGAUGGUCUAGGUCAGGCAAAACAACAGAACCUGGAGAUGCAUCAGGUCCUGGAUCAAACACUACAAGAGCUCAACAGCUUGUAAACUUGCGAGAGGAGAAAUCCACACAAAGAACAUUCCAGAUUUCCACGUCACUACAGUGUUUUGUGUCAUGUGUUUUUGUUUCCUAAUAUGUUGUGUCCUUUUCUGACUAUAUUUUCUACCUUUUCUAGUGAGUUAAAAUGUCCUGUGAUGCCAUUUGCCAUUUCAUAGAGUUAGAUUAAAAAUGAUUGCUCAUUACUGCUUGAAAUAUUGUUUACCUUUUCUAUACCUUUCUGUUUACUGUUGUUUUAUUUAUUUCAUUUGAAAGAACUUUUGAAGAGGGAUAUAAGUUACACUUAAAGGUGCCGUAGAAUGUAAAACUGUGUUUACCUAGGAAUAGAUGAAUAAUAAGAGUUUUGUACAUGUUAAUGACAUAUCGUGAGCCUCAAACACGAUCGUUUCCUCCAUCUUAUGGAAACCUCAUGCAUGGAAAACAGACCAAUCUCAACAUAACAUCGACUGUCAUGAUGUAUGCCCCUAACAUUAAAUUACACAUUAAAUUAAUUACAAUGUUAUUACAAUGCUAAAAACAAAGUUCUAA